AUGGUGGAUGCAUUUGAUAACCACGUUGACGAUGAUGGCCCAUCGGACUCGUUUCCCUUGAGGAUGCCACAGUCAGACCAGAGCAAUGGUGCUGCUCUGAACGACGGCAUGGGACUUGAGACAACCCUUGAUGCUAGCAUAGGGUCUAUGCCGAACGCUGAUCCAGGUGCGCUUCCACUGCCAUUUCAAGGACAUCCAGCGAUCCCGGCCUACGACAGCAUGAAUAGCGAAGUGCCAGACAUGUCCAUCCCUCAUGAAAAUCUCCUUUACCCGUUUCCGGAUCCAAGCGGAGUGAAUGAGUUCUGGCAGAUGCCCUCAGUGAAUUCUCAAUUCUGGUUCGAUGGAUCAGAUCUCGCUUGGAAUGAAAAUUUCUUCGACUCAAACUCGCCACUGCUGGACCAUGUAUUGCCAUCUUCUAUGCAAAGCCUGACUGCUGUGAUGCAAGAGUACUUCGACCGCAAAUCCAGAGCACCUUCACCCGCAUUCAACAAAGCUAGAAAGAUGUGGUACUCAGCUCCGCCGAAUCUGAACGACCACAACAAAGACAUUGUCAGAGUAUUUCUGAAAAUCUUUCAGAGACACAUACCCGAGACCUUCUCCCUAUUCAAAAACCCUGCUGUGAAUUGGAAGGGCCGAGCGGAGUACACCCUUGCAAUGGCGGCCACUGGAGGCCUGUUUUGUACCGUUCCUGGCAGUGCCGAAGUUGCCAAGUCAAUGUACAACGAUGCCCGAAGGCUUUUGCUGGCAUCUUUCAACAUGAAGAAUGUCCUCGACGAACUUUCCUCAACCCUAGAGGACAAACUCGUUACGGUGAAAACAUUUAUCCUUCUCGAAUUAUACGGCCUCUGUAGCGGUGACAAAAGAAGCUAUGAGUUCGUGGAAGCUUUCCAUGGAAACUUGAUACACUCAGUGCAAGAGUAUAGCCAAGCAUGGAAAGCAUCUGAGAUGAACGACAGAAGGGAAGACGACAGCGUCCGGCUUCUUGAAACUCUAUACAUACUCGAAGGUUACCGGGUCAUAAUUAUGCAGUGCCCACCAUCCUUACCGUGGCACCAUCCAGAUUCUUUUGCUGAGUCACCUCCUCCUGGGAGCCAAGUCGGCCGGCUGCAACGUCUGGUGGUAGACCUCACUCGUGGAGGUCCCACAACCGAACCUGAACUGUACAAAAAAUUCAGCCUAGCAAGUUUGUCAUACUUGUUUACUUUCCUAUGGCAUGCAAAAUAUCCCCGCCAGAACAGUUAUGGCGUUGAUAACAUCGUUAUCGAAAGUCUUACUCUGGGCAAGAGCGACUUUGUGGAACUAGCUUGUGACUCCUGGCUACACUCACUUGGUGAGGGGCCGGAGCCUUCGCACCUUGUGGUCUACCACAUGAUAAACAUCAUGCUUCACACAAACCUCGCGAUUCUACAAAGCUUCGCCCACUCUGCACCUAGUUCUGCAGCACGGGAUCCCAAGAAGAGCUUGGCUGCGCGAGAGAUUCACGGAUGGACUCAAAGCAGACAUUACAAGGUCGCACGAUGGCAUGCUGAAAAUAUGCUUUCAUCGGUUGAAGGAGCAUUCGUGACUUCAUUGAACAAGGCGGAGGCAGCAAAUCCGCAACAGAUUUCGUCACGGUCAACUUUCUCGGCCACAGAACCACGACGGUUGCCAUUCGAAGCGCCCCAUGUUCCAUAUGCCAUAUACUAUGCGACACUGGUUCUUUGGACCGGCGCAGCAACUGAAGAGACUGCUGGUUCAGCUUCUGUAUCGGCUCAGGCCUUGAUUGCACGUGGUGAACGAAUAUUGUUCCUACACAAAGUGCACAUUGCGCAGCUGCUAGCCCGUGUCUUGAAUGAGGUGAAAUAG